UAGGAGACAGAGGAGACCCAGACAGCUGCCGAGACCUCUGAGAGAAACCCAGAUACCAAGAGAGAAGAUGUAUCUAAUGGGAGGCUUCCUGGUCUUCUGUGGGCUGUUGGCCCAGACUAUGGGCCAGCUUGGAGCCCUGCCCUUGCCCCUGGGCCAGGCCCUGCCCUUACCCCUGGACCAGGCCCUGCCCUUACCCCUGGGCCAGGCCCUGCCCUUACCCCUGGACCAGACUCUGCUCUCAAGUCCCAUGGAUCUCGCUGGAGGCUUAACAAGUGCCCUCAGCAGUGGCCUGCUCUCUGGGAAUCUGUUGGGCAUUCUGGAAAGUCUUCCACUCUUGAACAUCCUGAAGGCUGGAGGAGGCACUUCCAGUAACCUGCUUGGGGGCCUGCUUGGAAAAGUGACUUCAGUGAUCCCUGGCCUGAACAACAUCAUUGAUAUAAAGAUCACUGAUCCCCAGCUUCUGGAACUUGGCCUUGUGCAGAGCCCCGAUGGCCAUCGUCUCUAUGUCACCAUUCCUCUCGGCCUGAAACUCCAAGUGAAAACGCCCCUGGUCGGAAGUCUGUUGGAGCUGGCUGUGAAGCUAAACAUCACUGCAGAAAUCUUAGCUGUGAGAGAUGAGCAUGGGAAGGUCCACCUGGUCCUUGGCGACUGCACCCACUCUCCUGGCAGCCUGCAAAUCUCCCUGCUUAACGGACUUGGCUCCCUCCCCAUUCAAGGCCUUAUCGACAGCAUCACAGGGGUCUACAAUAAAGUCCUUCCUGAGCUGGUGCAAGGCAAGGUGUGCCCUCUGGUCAAUGGGGUUCUCAGCCAGUUGGACGUCACCCUGGUGCAUGACACUGCUGACCUGCUGAUCCAUGGACUAGAAUUUGUCGUCAAAGCCUAA